AUGGCAGGCGCCACGGCGGCGCCGCCGCCAGGGCCGCUGCCCUCGGACCUGCUUGCGGACAUCGGCGCCCCACCAGGGCUGUCGGCAGGCGGGCCGCCAGGCGGCGGCGGCGGCUGCUGGGGGCCUGGGCAGGGCGCUUCGCUGGGCGCGAUGCCGGAUUUCAGCUCCUCGCCAGGGAUGCCAAACUUCGGCUCCAUGGAUUUCGGGUCUUCGCCAGGGGCGAUGAACUUCGGAUCCUCGCCAGCGGGGAUGCCUGGAUUCUCGCCGAUGCCAGAUUGGGGUGCCACAUUUACAGGCCCGCCCGGGAACGGGAUGUCUCCGGCCUCGGGUAGCUCCCCGCAGGGAGACUUCGGCUCGGCGUCGGGAAUGGGCCUGGGCGCGGGCGGCAUGCCGGACUAUGGCCACUGGGACGGCAUGCAGGGUAAGGGAAACGGCCCCGACAUGGGCGGCAUGGGCUUGUGGGGCAGCAUGCCCGGCGCUGGCAUGGGCGGCAUGCCGGACACGGGCAUGGGCGGCGUGCCUGGCAUGGCGUCGUGGUCUGAGCCAGGCGAGAGCCAGAUGCUGCCGUGCGCUCUCCACGGCAAGGUCAGGACAGAGAACUGCCUAAUGAAGGACGCGCAGGGCAGGCUGAUCUGCAAGCCUGGGAAAGAGUGCAAAGUGACCAGCGGGAUGGGCGGGCCCGCUGUCCCGGACCCGAUGUUGCCAGUGCAGCAGGCGGCCGCGAUGGCCCUGAGCGGGGAGCCCAUGUGCAGCAUCCACAGGAAGGUGCGGGGCCGGCGCUAUCUCAUCGAAGACGGCAAUGGCAACCUCAUAUGCAAGCCCGGCGAUGAGUGCAAGGGCGCUGGCUGUGGUGCCCAAGGCGAGCAGAUGCUAGUGACCUGUGCCCUGCACGGGAAGAAGCGCAGCCUAGACAGCGUGACACAGGACGCCACCGGCAGAUACACCUGCCUGCCCGGCAAGGAGUGCAAGGGCGGGGCGGGUGGCGCCUCGAACUCGAUGAUCUUCACCAACAACGCCGCUCUCGGCAACACGCAGCAGCUUAACGCAAAGCAGAUGAACACAAUGUUGCUGUCGCAGCUGGGCCAGGGUCAGAUUGUCAUGGACAACAGCCUGCUAGGUGCCGGCCUCGCGACGCCCGCGGCCAUCCAGGCGGCGGUGCAGCCGCCUCCAGGGGUGCCGCUGCAGGGGUUCUCCUCGUCGGACAGAAAACCCAAGAAGCCCAAGAAGUCCGUGUCGGGGAGCCGGAGCCGGAGCCGGAGCAAGAAGCGCUCCAGGGACCGCGACAGAGAUCGAGACCGCAGGCGAUCCAGGGACCGCGACAGAGAUCGCGACCGCGACCGGCGGAGGUGA